GAUCAAUUUUGACUGCAAGGCAUCAACAUUAUGAAAAACACCCUGGCACCAGAUGGAGCGAGGUCUAGCCAUUGAUGAAGAUAUUUUCUCUGGAGUCUCCUUCUUCCCGCUCCCGAUGUGACCGAGCAUGUCUCGCCGCAAGCAAGGCAACCCUCAGCACUUGAGUAAACGGGAAUUUUCACCUGAUUCCCUGGAAGCCAUUCUCACAGAUGAAGAAGAGGAGCAUGGCACCUUGGGAGCUCCUGAGGGUGACCACGAUCUCCUUACCUGCGGCCAGUGUCAGAUGAAUUUCCCACUGGGGGACAUUCUAAUCUUUAUUGAGCACAAAAGGAAGCAAUGCAAUGGCGGCCUCUGCUUGGACAAAGCUAUGGAUAAGCCACCGUCACCUUCUCCCAGUGAGCUGAAAAAGGCAUCCACACCUGUCGAAGUUGGCAUACAAGUCACACCAGAUGACGAUGAUUGCCUAUCUACAUCUUCCAAAGGAAUUUGCCCUAAACAGGAAAGCACAGCAGCAGGAAAGGAUGAGCCCAGCAGUUACACUUGCACAACUUGCAAACAGCCAUUCAGUAGUGCAUGGUUUCUCCUCCAACAUGCCCAGAACACCCACGGAUUCAGAAUUUAUUUAGAGACUGAGCACGGAAGUCCAUUAACCCCCCGGGUUGGCAUUCCUUCAGGACUUGGGGCAGACUGUGCUCCUCAGCCUCCUCUUCACGGACUUCACAUAGCUGACAGUAGUCCUUUCAACCUACUGAGAAUGUCUGGGCCUGUCUCACGGGAAACCCCAGGGCUUGGAGAAGGCCGCUUUCCCCCUACACCUCCGUUGUUUAGCCCACCACCCCGGCAUCACCUGGACCCACAUCGAAUGGAUCGGCUGAGUGCUGAGGAGAUGGCUAUGGUGGCUGUACAUCACACCAGUGCCUUUGACAGGGUACUUCGUCUUAACUCCAUGCCUAUCGAGCCACCAUCCAUGGAUUUCUCUAGGAGACUUAGAGAGUUGGCUGGCAACACUUCCACUCCGCCAUUGUCACCAAACCGUCCGAGUCCUAUGCAAAGGCUAUUGCAACCAUUCCAGUCGAGCAACAAAUCCCCAUUUCUUAGCACGCCACCCCUCCCACCCCUCCAGCCCACAGCACCUCCUGCCCAAACUGUGCUCAAAUCUAAGUCUUGUGAAUUCUGUGGGAAAACAUUUAAGUUUCAGAGCAAUUUGAUAGUGCAUCGUCGAAGCCACACCGGUGAGAAACCAUACAAGUGCCACCUUUGUGAUCAUGCCUGCACUCAGGCCAGCAAAUUAAAGAGACACAUGAAAACACACUUGCACAAGUCCUCACCUAUGACAGUCAAGUCAGAUGAUGGCCUUUCCACCGCAAGCUCUCCUGAACCGGGUACUAGUGACCUUGUUGGCAGUGCCAGCAGUGCCCUCAAAUCUGCAGUAGCCAAAUACAAGAGUGAAACAGACGCCAAUAUGAUUCCAGAAAAUGGGGAUGAAGAGGAGGAAGAAGAGGAAGAGGAAGAAGAGGAGGAGGAAGAGGAAGAAGAGGAGGAGGAACCUGAAACUGAAAAUAGGUCUGAUUUUGCGUUUGGUGUCAAUCUAGAGAGUGGGCGUCACCAUGAGAAUAGUUCUAGACCUAUAGAGGAGAAGAGAUCUUUGCCUGAAGUGAUGCACAGCAUUACCAUGAAUACAAUACAACAUUACGGUGAGGGCUUUCACCAAGUUCUUGUUGAAAAACACAAGCGGACUCAUCACUCAUCUGAAACUGAAGUUCAAAGAGAUACUUAUGAUGAAGAUUCGGUUGCUGGUGAAUCUGAUCGCACAGAUGAUGGUACAGUCAAUGGUAGAGGUUCCUCUCCAGGUGAAUCAGCCUCUGGAGGUUUAUCCAAGAAGCCUAUUUUAGGAAGCCCAACUUCCCUUAGUCCUUUUUCCAAACGCAUAAAACUUGAGAAAGACUUUGACUUGCCAUCAGCACCUUUGGCUCCUACGGACAAUGUUUACUCCCAGUGGCUCGCUGGUUAUGCUGCCUCACGACAGAUGAAAGACCCAUUCCUCAGCUUUGGAGACUCCAGACAAUCGCCUUUUGCAACUUCAUCUGAGCACUCUUCAGAAAAUGGAAGUUUACGCUUUUCCACUCCUCCAGGAGAAAUGGAUGGUGGGAUCUCAGGUCGGAGUGGCACAGGAAGUGGUGGAAGCACGCCCCAUAUCACUGGACCUGGUCCUGGACGGCCCAGCUCCAAAGAGGGCAAGCGAAGUGACACAUGUGAAUUUUGCGGCAAAAUCUUCAAGAACUGCAGCAAUCUCACAGUCCACCGGAGAAGCCACACGGGCGAGAGACCAUACAAAUGUGACCUGUGCAACUACGCCUGUGCCCAGAGUAGCAAGCUCACGCGACAUAUGAAAACGCACGGUCAGGUGGGGAAAGACGUUUACAAAUGUGAAAUUUGUCAGAUGCCUUUUAGCGUGUAUAGUACCCUCGAAAAACACAUGAAAAAAUGGCACAGUGAGCGCUUGUUAAAUAAUGAUAUAAAAACUGAUUAGGUGUAUUGAUGCUCAAGUUCCCUAUAGCUUUUCUAUUCUCUUGUGAUCAAACGAAGUGGAAGCUGAGGACGUAAGGAACAUGUGCUUAAUGCCAGCACGGCUGGUUUAACGUCACUGAUGAAUGCAUGAUUUGUAUCGGGGCAAUACUAUUGCAUUUACGCAAACUCGAGCCUUUCUCUUGUGCAAUAAUUUACGUGUUGUGUAUGUUAUUGUUUUUUUCUCUUAUUAGACCGCAUGUAUGGUAUGUUUGGCAGUUUAAUUCUGUCUUCAGUUGGUGUUGAGUAACUACCCUUCUCUGUUUUAUUUUGGUUUUUGAAAGAAGACUACCAUGCUGCAUAGUGUCCUGUAACACAUAUCAUGUAAAGUUUAGGUUGUAACAUAGAGAGGGAAAACAAAAUGAGGGAAAACAACACUCCCCAUUUAUUCCUUUGUUUAACCCUCUAUGGACAGACUGGAAUUCGCACUGUUAAAACCAUUUUUUUUCCAAAAGAAAAAUCUGUCCUCAAAGGGUUAAUAUAUUAAAUUAGAACAUAACAAUUGCUGGCCUUGACUUUUGGAGAAGAAAAUAAAUUUGAUGAAGGUGAUUGGGUGAAUACUAUUGAAUAAUCUGAGUGCCUUGCAUCUAUUUAAACUGUAUUGGUUUUCUUUCUAUUCUUCAGUUUAGUACUGGAGGAGUAGCCUUGGGUUUACGUUGACCCAAGUGAUAGUUCCACAUCAUGCACCUGAUUGUUUUGGCUACCAGUGAGUUAACCAAUUCUCAAUAUUGAAACAAAAUGAAAAUAACAAAACACGAAGAAAAAAAGUCUUGACAAAUCCAUUAAUGUCACAGCAUCUAUCUGUGAUCCUGAAAGUCAUGCUUGAUUUGUACACCACACAGCAGUUGUAUAAACAUAAAGAUGAUACAUUAGUGCUCAUCCAGCUACCCACCCACCCCCAGCUUUUACUUAAAUCGCACUUGACUCUGCUUGUGACUUCUAUGCCCUUUCUUUAAUCAGGGGUACAGAGGCUGAGCAAAAAGACAAAAGGAUAAAAGACAGCUCAGAUAGGACAAUUAAGUGCACUGUACAAUUUUCCCAGUUUACAAACAUAUAAUUAAGGGAAAAAAAACUUACUAAAAUACUAAGGAAAGGAAAAUGAACUGAUUGUUUAAUGUCAAUUUGCCAGUCAUUGACUAGAAUAGUGCACCUGGCUAAACUUAAAAAGAAUAUUAAGUAUAAAGCAACACAUUUGACACGUCUCCUCAGUGGACGAUAACGGGACUGCAGUUGAUUUAGAAUAAAUAAUCUCGCUCCUACAGUGCAAGACGUUUUGUACAGAUUUUUUAAGUAUAAAUGGUAAGAUUUUUUUUUAAAAGAGACACUUCAUUUUGUUCGGGAAAACUAUAUUUUAGAGUUCCAGUGUCUUGGUGGUUGUCAAGACUCCUACAUGUUAUACAGUUAGUGGAUACUCUGCCUUGGAUAUACAGCUCUUCAGGUUGUACAAAACUCACAUUGGGGAAAGGUUUAAGAUUAUAUAUAUAUAUAUAUAGUGUAUAUAUAUAUAUAGUACUUAACUAUAGGAAAAUGCACACAUGUUGAUUCCUAUGCUAAACACAUUUAUGGUCUCUACUUUUCUGUAUUUCUAGAAUGGUUAUUUGAAAUAAAUGUUCACCUAGUGUAGGCACAAUAGUAUUUAUAUUGAAGCUUGUAUUUUUAACUGUUGCUUGUUCUUUAAAGGUAUCAACGUACCUUUUUUUGGUAGUGGAAAAAAAACACAGGCUGCCACAGUAUAUUUUUUUAAUUUGGCAGGAUAAUAUAGUGCGAAUUAUUUGUACGUUUCAACAAAAAAAAACAAACAAACAAAAAAAAGUACACACCCGUGACAUUGUAUAGUUAAGAGGUCGUAUAACGGCCACUUGGGGGUAACUUUAGAAAGUCACACCAAUGGUCAAAGCGGAUGGUUGUACAUAUCUUUCCCUUCCUGCUGCCAUACUGUAUACAGUACUGCAAGCUAAUGUUUGUUCUGUAGUGUGCUUCUGUCUCCUAACCUCUCACCUACUACAUUCCAGCAUCUAACUUCAUAUGCAGUAAAUUAAAUGUUUGCAGUUUUUUCAUUGCCAAAAACUAAAUGGUGCUUUAUAUUUAGAUUGGGAAAAUUUCAUAUGCAAAGCAUAUUAAAGCCGCUUGAGUCAAUACAUUUUUGUAAAUGGCAAUGCAGAAUAUUUUGUUAUCGGCCUUUUCUAUUCCUGUAAUAAAAGCUGUUGUUGUAACUUGAAAAUUAUCUUUUACUAU